GCAGGGCGAGCGCGCUGGGCGCGGGCGGGCAAGGGAGCCCCUCGCCAUCCUUCCCAAGUUCCCGGUACUUCGCGGUAGUGACUUUGGCAGCUCCACCCGCGCGCACAACAUUUCUUUCUAUGGGCACAUCCUGCGCCAGCCAUCGUGAAACCCUGCUUAAUUGUUUCUCGCAGCUUCCUUCCUGACCCUCUGUGAUCAGGGGACCCCUCAAACUUGGUGGCGCGCGGUGGUGGUGGUUUUCAAGAGACGGUUUCCUUGGACAUCCCCCUAGAGGUGGCUUUACCUGCUAUUUUGUUUAAAAUAGGCUGUUCUCUGUGAGUUGCUUCAAAAGGAAAAGAAAUUGAAAGUGAUGGCUGUUCUGCCCUCCUCAGAGUACCUUCCUGGCGUUUAAUGGGUGAGGUGGAGAUCUUCUCGUUCUUCUGGGAUGGUUGGAUGGUUUCCUGUAUUGAUAUAAUCAGACGUUGAAAGAGCGUUUUUAAAUGACCUGGUUUACAUGGGUCACACCCAAGACACUCCGCUAUCUCAACGAGCCCCAACUUCAGAACUUUUCGCCCUGUGCGUAAGCAGGACUACAGAGGCCUUGAUAGAAAAACCCCUUCUUUUGGAAAGCGGGAAUUCAUUCUCUGCCUACAUUUGAUGGGAUUGGGUUCUCCCUCAGAAGCACACCAAAUAGAUUGCUCGUUCUAAAAUAGAAAACAGUGGCAACGUUUUGCUGAGUUUCCAGACGUUCCCCAGGAUGGAACCAAUAACAUUCACGGCAAGGAAACAUGCGUUCCCUAACGAGGUCUCGGUGGACUUCAGCCUGCAGCUGGUGGGCUCCCUGCCUGUGCAUUCCCUGACCACGAUGCCGAUGCUGCCCUGGGUGGUGGCCGAGGUGCGAAGGCUCAGCGCGCAGGCCUCCAGAAAGGAGCCUGGGACCAGGCAAGUCCGGCUUUGUGUGUCACCCUCUGGUCUGAGAUGUGAACCUGAGCCAGGGAAAAGUCAACAGUGGGAUCCACUGCUCUGUUCCAGCAUCUUCGAGUGUAAGCCCCAGCAUGUUCACAAACUGAUUCACAACAGUCACGAUCCAAGUUACUUUGCUUGUCUGAUUAAGGACAAUGCAGCCAGUCAGCAGAGUAUCUGCUACGUGUUCAAAGCCGACGAUCAAACAAAAGUGCCUGAGAUCAUCAGCUCCAUCCGACAGGCCGGCAAGAUUGCCCGCCAGGAGGAGCUCCACUGCCCGUCCGAGUUCGAUGACACGUUCGCCAAGAAGUUUGAGGUGCUCUUCUGCGGCCGGGUGACGGUGGCUCACAAGAAGGCGCCCCCGGCCCUGAUCGACGAGUGCAUCGAGAAGUUCAAUCACGUGAGCUGCAGCAGGAAGGCCGAGUUUGCCCUGGUGGCCCAGAAUCCGGAGGCCCCCCCGGAGGCCCCCCCGGGGCCCGCGGGAGGCCGCUCCUUGGCCGCUAAGGUCCGGGGUGUGCUCCAGCCCGUGGGGAACGGGGAGCAGGCCCGGAGGCCCAUGCGCAAGUCCUUCUCCCAGCCCGGCCUGCGCUCGCUGGCCUUUAAGAAGGAAUUGCACGAUGGCAGCCUUCGAAGCAGUAGCUUUUUCAGCUCCUUUGAGGAAAGCGACAUCGAGAACCACCUCGUUGGCGGACACAAUAUCGUGCAGCCGACAGAUAUUGAGGACAAUCGAACUAUGCUCUUCACGAUUGGCCAGUCUGAAGUUUACCUCAUCAGCCCUGACACCAAAAAAAUAGCAUUGGAGAAAAAUUUUAAGGAGAUAUCCUUUUGCUCUCAGGGUAUUAGACAUGUGGACCACUUUGGGUUCAUCUGCCGAGAGUCUUCAGGGGGUGGAGGCUUUCAUUUCGUCUGUUACGUGUUUCAGUGCACAAAUGAAGCUCUGGUUGAUGAAAUUAUGAUGACCCUGAAGCAGGCUUUCACCGUGGCUGCGGUGCAGCAGACGGCUAAGGCACCUGCCCAGCUGUGCGAGGGCUGCCCCCUACAGGGCCUGCAUAAGCUCUGCGAGCGGAUAGAAGGAAUGAAUUCUUCCAAAACCAAACUAGAACUCCAGAAGCACCUGACAACAUUAACCAAUCAGGAGCAAGCAACUAUUUUUGAGGAGGUUCAGAAAUCGAGACCAAGAAGUGAGCAGCGAGAGAAUGAAUUGAUUAUUUCUUUCCUGAGAUGUUUAUAUGAAGAGAAACAAAAAGUUCACAUCCAUAUUGGGGAGAUAAAGCAGACCUCACAGAUUGCAGCAGAGAAUAUUGGAAGUGAGUUGCCACCUAGUGCCACUCGAUUUAGGCUAGAUAUGCUGAAAAACAAAGCAAAGAGAUCUUUAACAGAGUCUUUAGAAAGUAUCUUAUCCCGGGGUAAUAAAGCCAGAGGCCUCCAGGAACAUUCCGCCAGCCUGGAUCUGGACAGCUCCAUGUCUAGCACUUUAAGUAAUAUGAGCAAAGAGCCAUCUGUGUGUGAAAAAGAGGCCUUGCCCGCCUCUGAGAGCUCCUUCAGGCUCCUCGGCUCCUCAGAUGACCUGUCCAGUGACUCGGAGAGCCAUCCCACGGAAGAGCCUGCCCCACUGUCGCCCCAGCAGAGCUUCCGAAGGCGCGCGAACACCCUGAGUCAUCUCCCUGUGGAGUCCCAGGAGCCUCCGGAGCCGGCUCGGGGGUCUCCAGGUGUCUCCCAAAGGAAACUUAUGAGGUAUCACUCAGUGAGCACAGAGACGCCUCAUGACCAAAAUGUGCAUCAUCCACCUGUGGGCGAGCCUAAAAGUUGCUCAGGUCAGUCUUCAGCUCCUGCUCCUCCACCUCGUCUUAACCCCUCCGCCUCCUCGCCAAAUUUUUUUAAGUACCUAAAACAUAGCUCAAGUGGAGAACAAAGUGGGAAUGCUGUGCCGAAGAGCAUCUCCUACCGUAAUGCCCUGCGGAAAAAACUUCAUUCUUCUUCCUCUGUGCCAAAUUUUCUAAAAUUUCUGGCUCCUGUAGAUGAAAAUAACACCUCUGACUUUAUGAACACGAAAAGGGACUUUGACUCCAAAGCUGAGCACCUUGGAGAUGCCAAUGGGACCCCCGUGAAGACACGGAGACACUCAUGGAGGCAGCAGAUAUUCCUCCGUGUGGCAACCCCGCAGAAAGCGUGCGAGUCUCCCAGCAGAUAUGAAGAUUAUUCGGAACUGGGGGAGCAUCCGCCACGAUCUCCUUUAGAACCAGUUUGUGAGGAUGGACCCUCUGGCCCUGUCCCAGAAGAAAAGAAAAGGACAUCUCGAGAGCUUCGAGAGUUAUGGCAAAAGGCUAUUCUGCAACAGAUUCUACUCCUCAGAAUGGAGAAGGAAAAUCAGAAGCUAAAAGCCUCUGAAAAUGAUCUGCUGAACAAGCGCUUAAAGCUUGAUUAUGAAGAAAUCACUCCUUGUCUUAAAGAAGUAACCACAGUGUGGGAGAAGAUGCUUAGCACUCCAGGAAGAUCAAAAAUUAAGUUUGACAUGGAAAAAAUGCAUUCAGCUGUUGGGCAAGGUGUGCCACGUCAUCUUCGGGGGGAAAUCUGGAAGUUCCUGGCAGAGCAGUACCGCCUUCGACACCAGUUUCCCAGUAAACAGCAGCCAAAGGACACACCGUACAAAGAACUCCUAAAACGGCUCACCUCCCAACAGCAUGCGAUCCUUAUCGACCUGGGGCGAACCUUUCCAACGCAUCCGUACUUCUCUACCCAGCUCGGAGCAGGGCAGCUGUCACUUUACAACAUCCUGAAGGCCUACUCGCUUCUAGACCAGGAAGUAGGAUACUGCCAAGGUCUCAGCUUUGUAGCAGGCAUUUUGCUGCUUCACAUGGGUGAGGAAGAGGCAUUUAACAUGCUCAAGUUUCUGAUGUUUGAAAUGGGACUGCGCAAACAGUAUCGGCCGGACAUGAUUAUUUUACAGAUCCAGAUGUACCAGCUCUCGAGGCUUCUCCACGAUUACCACAGAGACCUCUACAAUCACCUCGAGGAGCAUGAGAUCGGCCCCAGCCUCUAUGCCGCCCCCUGGUUUCUCACCGUGUUUGCCUCACAGUUCCCACUGGGAUUUGUAGCCAGAGUCUUUGAUAUGAUCUUUCUUCAGGGAUCAGAGGUCAUGUUUAAAGUGGCAUUAAGUCUGUUGGGAAGCCAUAAGCCCUUGAUUCUGCAACAUGAAAACCUAGAGACCAUAGUUGACUUUAUAAAAAACACCCUCCCCAACCUGGGCUUGGUACAAAUGGAAAAGACCAUCAGUCAGGUAUUUGAGAUGGAUAUCUCGAAACAGUUACAAGCCUAUGAAGUUGAGUACCAUGUGCUUCAAGAAGAACUUAUCGAUUCCUCUCCUCUCAGUGACAACCAAAGAAUGGACAAGUUGGAGAAGACCAACAGCAGCUUGCGCAAACAGAACCUUGACCUGCUUGAACAACUGCAGGUGGCCAACGGUAGGAUCCAAAGCCUGGAGGCCACCGUUGAGAAGCUUCUGACCAGCGAAAGCAAGUUGAAGCAGGCCGCCCUUGCCUUGGAGCUGGAGAGGUCAGCCCUGCUGCAGACGGUGGAGGAGCUUCGGCGGCAGGUGACAGCGGAGCCGCGCGGGCUGGAGCCUGACCUCACGGGGCCCGGGCCCGCGGGCGACUGACCGCGCAGGAGACAGCUCCUCGCCGGAGCAUGGCUCCGGAGGAGACACCGGGGCCCCAUCCCAGCACUGGCCAGGCCUUAGCUGAGAGGGACAGAAGAUGCCAGAGGGAGGAACAAGGCAUGAUGCGUGCUUCUCAGGGAGGACACUGGCUUGCCAGCCUGCACGCUGGCACGGACUAGAACUUGCAAGUCGCAGGGCCUGACCAGGUCCCAGUGUUUUUGUUUAGGCUGCAAUUUGUCCCUUCUCCAGUCCUGAUUACUGUACCCAGUAGGUGUAGGUGGCAUGGACGUGAAUAAAUGCACUUCAUGUUUCCACGGUGUUUCCUUUUUCAGUAUUGCUGUGUUUGCAGAGGACGAUUAGUCCUGUGGAUCCAAGAGGCGGAAGGGCUGGAGAGGAAGCCGCUGGCCCCAGUGUGGGUCCCUCGUCCUGCCACACGGUUUGUGGGCCUGCACCCUGCGGGUCACUGGCAGGGGUUGCAGCCAGCCCCCGUCUGUUCUCGUUCCAGAAGCCCCAGAUAACCAAUAGGACAUCUUGAAUUUCUCUCUCUUCUGGGUAUUUAAUGAAGUUUGUCUUUUAAAAAGAAUAGUUUUCAUUUUUUUACUUAGUCCUUAAAUAUCAGUCGGGGUCAUUGUAGAUAAACAUUUCACGGGUCAAUCACCAGUUUUUAGGCUCAAACCCAGAGCUGCUAGCGAGCCCCCUGCAUUCACAGACUCUGAGAUGAUGAUCUCCCUGUGGGUUUUCAUGGUCAUGCUACAGCCGUGUAUUUUUUUUUUUUUGCUGCUGUGUGAUGCAGGGCGGCUGUGAGCCCCUCUGAGUGGCCGCCCCAGAGAGUCGCGUUCCCUUGCAGAAGUAGCGGGUGCAUCAGGAUUGUCAACGGGUGCCAGAGAUUCUGGGACUUUCAAAAAAAUGUGAUCAGCCACAAAUCGCGAUCAGACAUAUGGCAGCUGAGCGCAGUUUUUCAGAGCUAGGAAAUGGGUUUUGGAUAUAACUCCUGACAGUGACCCCCUUCUUAUCCCUCUGGGUGACGAGAACCCUGUGCCUUCGACAAGCAGCCACUCCUGGCUGGCGUGGCCUCCUCUGGCCCCCGGGUGACGCCUCUCCACAAGUGCCCUCAGAAUGGGCUGUCGGCUGAGAGAGGAGCUCCGAGGGCACGUCGUGUCCCUUUCUGACAGCAGGACCACUCUGGCCUUUGUCAUCGUAGUCCCUUCUAGUCCACAGGGGCUUGCCGUGACUCUCUGGGCAGCAGGUGUCACUUUCAGCCUGAGGUGAAAGGAAGGAUUUCCAUAAUGGAAGUCAUGCUAGGUCUCCCCAGGCGUUUCCAGGGGGUGACAAACGUGCCAUCCCCAGUACCUAACAGGCGGCAUUUGGGACUCUCCUGUUCUCUGUGUCAGGGGACAGCAGUUCUCCUCACAAGUCAAGACAACCAACCCCCAGGAGGCUCUAUUCCAAGCUGUUGUACCAGAACUUAGAGGAGUUAACAUCUGAGGGCUUCUUUUCCACAUAUUUUACUGAAUGUUUAAUAAUAUUGAAUUUUGGACAUCUUAUAACCAUUACUCAAAAGACAUUGACUCUGCAAUAAAUCCAUGCCCACA